AUGGACAUUGACCAGUUCUUCGAUGAUCAGAAUAUCCCCGAAACUGGUUGGACCCCAUACAUUAAUAAAAUCUUUGGUUCAACUACUCCCAGCAAUGCCGCCGCUUCUCAUAGAGCGAGUCCUUCACAACAUCGCGGUGGCGAUGCGCGAAGGCGGAUUUCCAGGGUGUCCACUCCCGGCGCGGGUGUAGCUAGCGCGAACACUGCAGCCUCCACCGCGUCUGUGACCUCAGCCUCCGCCAUCGCAUCAGAUAUUCUCUACGGCCAAUCCACAAGGCUCUUCUCUUCGCCGCACAUCGAUCCUUCAUGGACAUCAUCUUUUCAACCGCCACAGGAAUCGUUCAGUUCGCUCCGCACGCCGAUCGCCGAUAAGUCGUUCCGCGUCUCCGACUACUUAUUUGAUACUCCGAGCUUUUUGGCCCAGGCGGAGGAGAUCUAUCCCGACAAGGAGAACGAUCCGAUGCUGGGUGCAUUUUCGACUCCUUCAAGUAACAAAACGUUUCGAUUUUUCAAGACCCCUAAACAGGCCGCCUUUGGCGGGGGUCCGGCGGGACCGCCAGGGACGUCCGCGUUGGGAGCCACGGUUCCCGCGGUUCCUGCGGUUCCUGCUGUCCUAGGGGCCAUCGGGGCCGCUGGGGCUGUGAAUGGUAUUUACGCCGCGAGCUCUUCCUACGGUGGCUUCUCUGGAAACCUGUCGGGACUUUCCGCCAGCGGAUUCUCCAGCGCUCUCGCCGCUAGUCUCUCCGCUUCUCCGACCACCUCCGCAUUCAUCUACAAAACCCCCAUGAAACGCUCAGCACUCAGUAACAUCGACCCAAACAUCGGGGUCGCCGAUGCCGCCUCUGUCAAUGUCACAAAGGUUGACACAGAUGCUGCCGCCGCCGCCGUUGCUGCCUCCUCCACUACAAACACCGCCAACGCCGCCAAUCUCGACUCAUCUCCAUCAACAAUCCUCCUCACCUCCACAAUCAAAAAAGAGGCGGGAAACAAAUUAAACAGCAUAGAAAACUCGCCGACGCCCGCCACAAAAUCGCAUCUUAAGAAGCCGCCCUGUCAACUGGUCCGGUCCAACUCCGCCCUGGAGCCCGCCAUGGGACUCUUCCACGAUGGAGUGGACUCCCGGCAAAGCGGCGCUCGCUCUUCUCAACUUCCAGUGAUGGCUACAUUCAACUCCACAAACUUCGCCACGGGGAGUCGAAAGCGGAGGAAUGCCGGACACCUGGCGGCGGGUAACGACGUGGGCAGUAAGUUCCAGAUAAUCUUUGCCGACAUGAAUACGCUGCGGGCUUCGUAUUCGGGCCGCGGCGGCAAGAAGAGUCGGAAAAACAGCAAAAAGAGUUUGUCGCGGUACAAAACGGUUCCCACGAUGCUGCCGUCCUCCGCUUCGCUCAAAGUGCCGCUCAAAGUGCCUCCUGAAGUGCCUCCUGAAGAGCCGCUUGAAGAGCCGUCUCGAAAGCAGCGGAGGGGUUAA